AUGUCGGAUAAUCCGCAAAAUAUAGAAAUAAAUAUUGAUGAACCUCAAAACGACACAAUACAACCUUCCGCACAAAAUAAUACAACCUUAGAAUCUUCGAAUCAUUUAGGUCCUUCGUUCAUCCCCAUUAAUGAACUACCUGUUUGUGAUAUUGAAUACUCCGACUUAAAAAUAACAGAAUAUAUAGCAGAAGGUGGUUUUGGUAAGGUUCACAAGGCACAAUGGAGAGGACGACUUGUAGCAGCAAAAUUUGUUAGUCGUAGAGAACGUAGACAAUUAAAAGAUUUUAACAGAGAGUUGGCGACCUUGAAGAAAUCUAAUGGUUGUGAAGAUCACAUCAUUCAAUACUUCGGAUUAUCUAAAGGUUCUGUAUUCGGAGAAUAUAUUUUAGUAAUGCAGUAUGCAGAUGACGGCACUUUAAAAGAUUAUCUUAAAUGUCGUACCAAUACCGAUACCAAUACUCGAGAGCUAACAUUAGAUCAAAAGAUUGAUUUAUGCAAAGAUAUUCUCAAAGGAUUAGAAUUUUUGCAUAAUAAGGGAACAUCUGUAGUUCGAGGAAUAGCGCCUUACGUUGACCCAAAAUUGUUCUGUAUUCCCGGUUAUUUGCAUAAAAUAUCAUCCGAUAUUUAUAGUUUCGGAGUGUUAAUGUGGGAAAUAUAUACUUGUCUCCCGCCAUUUGGUGGUAGACGUGAUGCUUUGUUAGCUAUUGAUCUUUGUCUUGGCGCGAGAGAAAAGCCAAAAGCAGGAAUGCCUGAGGAUUACGUAAAGAUAUACGAAAAAUGUUGGAACCCGGAUCCUCCGUCUAGACCUGACGCUACCAGUGCAUUGAACGACCUUGAAAUUUUAAAAAAAACCCUGACCGCAACAAAUGAACCGCCAGAUCAUUCCAAUGCGCUACAUUACAACCAUGGAACAAUAAAUCUCUUUUCUGAUUUACUCUUGAAUAUAUCAUUAAAUCAUUCCAACAAUAAUUCUGAUCUAAAAAAAAAAAUUAUUGAAAGUAUAAAGACGCAGUAUGUAGAUUCAGCUAACAAAAUGCUAUUACCAUUAAAAGAAGACUCAAAAGAAACUAUCUCUGGACAAAAGUUUGAUAAGGUUUGUAAACUUAAAAAAAUUAGCAGAAAGUCUUAUGAUAACGUUCCAUUUAAUAAAAUGAUGCAUGACUACUGCAAUCAACAGCGUGAACUGAAAGGCGAAAAUGCAACCACUAUUAACAAUGCCUGCAUAAAUAACGAAGUCGAAUGCUCUAAUAAAUCACAAAAGCCAAAAGAACUCUAUGAAUCACAAGAAACACGUGAUAAAAUCGAAACAACCAAAAGAACAAACAAUUUAUUUAGGAAGAACAUUUUCAUAAUUUUUAUCAUCUUUACCACCGUGGGAUUAUUUCUUUUUGGAAGAGAAUUAUUUAUUUAUAAGAAGCAAGAUCAAUAUGAUAAACUCAGCUUCGCACUUAACGAUUUAAUCGAAAUAUUGGAGGCGGAUGACGAAGUAAAAUACCUUGAAAAAACGUCUUGA